AGGGAUAUCCCAGGACUCCAAGCAAAGGACAGACUGUCUGCUGUCCGGGUGCUGUUCAUUAAUGGAGUCUCUGAUUCUGUGCUGAACCAGCUGCUGGAUAAACUCCUUCAGCACGGUGCUAUGAUUAAUGAGGAGAUGCAGACAGCAAAGACGAAGCCCAGAGCAGAGAAAGCUCCAGAUGUGAUUGAUACUGUUUGGUGGCUGGACGAAGAAAUCCUCCAGAGACAAAAGCUGUCCCAGACAGGAAUCUUCAUAGAAGGAUAUCCCAGGACUCCAAGCAAAGGACAGACUUUCAUUAAUGGAGUCUCUGAUUCUGUGCUGAACCAGCUGCUGUAUAAACUCCUUCAGCACGGUGCUAUGAUUAAUGAGGUGAUGCAGACAGCAAAGACGAAGCCCAGAGCAGAGAAAGCUCGAGAUGUGAUUGAAACUGUGAUGAGGAAGGGACAUGAAAGCAGCAAAACUCUGAUAGAGGCUCUCAGGGAGCCUAAAGGCUUCUUCUGUCUGAAUGGCUGUGAGAAGUUGUGGGAGGAGGGACAGGCUGCUCUGGAAGUGCUGGGAAGGCCACAGCUGAGGGAACAGCUUACUGAGCAGAUUCUUCACAGGAUGCUGAUUCUGGAGUGA